UGUCAAUUUUGGCGUGUGCAAGACACGACGUCGUUCCGUAAGUUUCAGAUUCUUCCUUUAGGAGUGUGGAAGGCAUAUUACCCUUCUUCUGUUUUCGUUGUGCGUUUGUCCCACCUACUCCUCCAUACCCUUUCUCGUUGAUUUGUUCACCUGUUUUGUUAUCUAAUAAGAUCUCAAACUCAUCGGGGUUUGGAUUCAUUUAUCUGCUUUCGAUUCUUCCGCAUCGGCAUCUGCGAAGGGUAUCAUCUGUCAAGAAAUGAAUUUUUUCUGUAGAAACAUGGCUGACGAAUCUUCACCUUCACAGAAUGACAUCAUUCGGUGCCCAUUUUUGCGCAACAUUAACGAACCAACUAACUUCUCCUUUUCACCAUCCAUGGCUUUCCCAUCACCUGCCCGAGGAACAAAAGGUCCUAUAUUCGAGGAUGGGCCCAAUUUUGAUAUGGCUUUUAGGCUUUUCCAUGGACAAAAUGGUGUUGUCCCACUUUCUGAAGGAUCAUUACAGUUUCCCCAAAAGUUGAAAGUGGAUUCAAUGUCUCACCAGUUUAAUCCUUUAGCAGCUAAGGCAGCUACAAUUAGUCUUUCGAGUUUUGGAGGGUCAUUUGGCUUUGAUGCAUUUAACGAAAUGUUUAAGAAUCAACAAAAAAAGCAUAAGAAAGACUCUUCUCAGAAUGGAGACUCGAAACAUGAAGCAACAGGAGAAGAAUGGCUAAAAAGUGGGAAUUGUCCAAUUGCUAAAUCAUACAGAGCAGUAAGCCAUGUCAUCCCACUUGUAGCCAAAGCAUUGAAACCACCGUCCGGGAUCAAAUACACCUGCCCGCCCGCAAUUGUGGCUGCCCGGGCUGCCCUAGCGCGUACCGCGUUUGCAAAAAACCUCAGACCGCAACCCCUGCCCGCGAAAGUGCUUGUAAUCGGGGUUAUGGGAAUGGCAGCUAAUGUCCCUUUAGGUAUAUGGAGAGAACACACAAAGAAAUUCUCACCUUCUUGGUUUGCAGCUGUUCAUGCAGCUGUUCCUUUUAUAGCCAUGCUUAGAAAGUCGGUUUUGAUGCCAAAAUCCGCCAUGGCGUUUACAAUCGCUGCCUCGGUUCUCGGGCAGGUUAUCGGGUCUCGGGCAGAACGUUAUCGCUUGAAAGCUGUCGCUGCCCGAACUCCUCCUGCUCUGACCGAAAUGGAAACCGAAAUUGGUGGUGGGUUUGAUCGGGCAAGGGUUGAUGUGGGUCGGGCGGGGGUUACGGGCGGGCAUUGUGGUGAAGCGGUUGAGUGGAAAACGGGGCCCAUGCGGGUUGCUGGGCCUUCGGCGUAGUGUGGUUGUGUUAUGUUAUGAUAUGUUAUGUUAUGUUUGCCUUUUUGUGGGCAUGAGUUUGAAAGAAUAAAAGAUAUAUACUGGAAUUGUUAUUUUUAUAAGUGUUGCCGAAUAUGUGUAAAAGACUGACUCGGCCUGUUUUGGCUAUGAUGACGUGGCAGUGGCUGUGGGUUAUGUUUAGUUGUCUAAAUGUUUUAUGAUGUGCGUUUUGUAAUCUAAUAUAAGAUGUUAUGUG